AAAACGUAGUUAACCUUUCACUAAAUUAAAAAUAAUUAUUUUUUUGCCAAUUCCAUCCAUCCAAAAGUUUCGUACAAUUUCAAACUCACGUGAUUUUGAAGCUUGUUCAACACGUGUACGUCCCACGUUGCGUCAUCAGAGCGCGACCGCAGCACCAGAAUGCUGACAUGGCCGCGUCCAUCGAGCUGAGACUCACUUUAAGCGUCUGUCUUGUCUUUAUUUCGGGAUUUUCUUCGGUCUCCGCGCUCAUUGAGGGACUGUAUUGCGGGACUCAAAGUUGUUAUGACGUGCUGGGGGUUUCGCGGGACGCCGGUAAAGCGGAGAUUGGCCGCGCGUACCGCCAGCUGGCCCGGAGAUAUCACCCGGACAGAUACCAGCCCGGAGAGAGCGACGACUCCCGCGAAACCGCGCAGCAAAAGUUUCUGCUCGUCGCGACCGCUUACGAGACACUCAAGGAUGAAGAAUUACGUAAGGACUACGACUACAUGCUGGAGCACCCAGAGAAAUACUACAGCCACUACUACACCUACUACAGAAGAAGACUUGCUCCCAAAGUAGACGUUAGGAUAGUGAUUCUCGUAACUAUUUGUGCAGUCUCACUGUUUCAGUAUUACAGCUGGUGGAGUAGCUACACAGAAGCCAUCAACUACCUGAUGACCGUUCCCAAAUACCGCAUCCAGGCUACUGAACUGGCCAAGCAGCAAGGUCUGCUGAAUAAAACCAAAGAGAAGGGCAAGAACCGGCGCUCCAAAGAGGAGAUCCGUGAGGAGGAGGAGCAGAUUAUCAGAGACAUCAUCAAGAACAAGAUAGACAUCAAAGGUGGCUAUCAGAAGCCCAAUAUAUCUGAUAUUCUGCUUUGUAAAAUCAUUCUGUUCCCGUACCAUCUGUGCACCUAUGUGGCGUGGAACUGCUCGUGGUUUUACCGUUUCACCAUUCGCGGGGAGGAGUAUGGGGAUGAGGAGAAACUUUACAUUAUCCGCAGGUACAUGAAGAUGUCACAGGCUCAGUUUGAUAGUCUGGACAACAGCCUGGUAGAGACUUUCCUGAAGCAGCAGCUCUGGAUCAAAGAGAAUUAUGAGGCCAAGCCGGAAGUUAUCAUCCCCCGGCCUACAGAGGAGGAGCAGGAGGAGGAGAUGAAGAUGAAGAUGGCCACAGACCCACGAUGGAAACGCUACAGGCGCUGGAUGAAGAGUGAGGGGCCUGGACGCAUUACCUUUGCUGACGAUUGACCUCACAUGCACAGAGCGCUGUCCCAGAUGGACGUCCAGCCUGAACAGCCUGAGCUCACGUGUGUGUAAUUACACACAGCUCUGUGCGCCCUUGUUUACAAAAGACUGAAGAUUCAUACUUCAUCAGUAAUUUAUAAUAUUGUUAUGUGUGCAUAACCAAAGGUGCGCAUAAAAGGUCUAUCCCCCAAAGACUUUUCAUUAGAUUCAUUUAGAUUGUUUUGUGUUUGACUAUGUGCCUUCUAUGAAUGCUUGUAAUUUCUUCAUUUCAGUGGAAUUUCAAAAUCAGCUUUCCCUCGCCUGUAAGGAUUCAUUGCCUGAAGUCUGUCUUGAAGAGACAAUGUUAUUAUAAGUAUAUUCUAUCUAGAAAGUAGGAGAUAAUUUUUUUUUUUUAAAGUAUGUAUGUCCUGGUCAUUCUUUUCCCAUGCAAUGAUUUUAUUCUGCAAUCUGUAACAAAAACAAGGCUGAAGUGAGAACAGAGAGAUCACAAAUUUAUUGUUUGCAUAGCAUCUAAUUUUAUCAUCUCCAAAUCAAUAACUCGAGUCGUCUUGUUUAUGUAACCAUGGACCCCUGAGUAGUAAACAAAACGCUGCCUCAGUAGGUAACACUAUCCAUUUGAUAAGCAUGAUGUCAUGUGUCACCGUUUCCGGGUCCCAAAAGCACACAACAAAUGGUGUUUAUAUAUAUAUAUAAUAUAAACAAACUGAGCUGUAAUACAUGAUCCAUACCUUUAUCUCCAUACCAAAAUCUUAGUUGGCCAGGCAGUGCAAAAGUUUUUUUAUAGUGGAAAAAGGUUCUUUAAAUUUUUAAAAUGUUCUUUCCACUGAGAAGUAUUGGCUCUGUUAAGAACUGUUAAAAGGUUCUUUGAGGACCCCCCAAAAAUGGUUCUUCUAUGGCAUCACUG